AUGCUAGACUUCCUCAACUCAUUCUGGAGAUGGAUGUUCAGAGGAGCUGAUUUGGAUCACUUCCUCCAUAAUUCAGAAUAUCGAGAUGGAUGGUGGUACAACCUCGUGCAGACCUAUGCAGGUUGGGCAAUGGGAAUUGGUCAUGCCUCCUUCCUCACUAUGAUAUUGAUAUUCCUAUUCAUUCUUGCUGGAAUAAUGCUGUUUGAUAAUAUGCUACCACAGUUUUGGGAAAUGUUCAAGAAACUCGUCCGAGAUAAUUUUGGUAUCGUCGGUAAGGUCCUUCUCGCCGCUGAAUGA